AUGGUGACUACAGUCAAUACAAUGGCAUCGAAUUCAUUUAGUUUUGGACCUUCGAAAACAGUGACACCUCAAAAAACAUGCAACAUAUGCAGACGUCUCCUUUAUUCGUUUGAAGAAAUCCUUGUUUGUCGCACUUGUCAUGGUUCUUAUCAUUGGCGUUGUGUGAAACCUGAAACAAUUUCUCACUAUGGUGAACAUGAAAAUUACAUUUGCGAAAAAUGUAAUGACGGUACAACAUCCAAUUCAUCUCAACGAGUCCCAAAUGGUGGUAUUAAAAUAAAAUCAACUGAUUCCAUUAUUAGAGAUUAUCGAGAUUUUGUUAGUGUGCCAUCAAAAACAAAUUCAGCAGAAAGAAAUGUUCUUAGUGCUAUUCGAUAUUUUGAAGAAAAACAGCAACAAUCUCAAACACAAAAAGAGACAAAAAUAUCUGAACUCGAUGCAUAUCUUCCAGCCCAAACGAACAAUAGAGAGUAUGAUCUACGUUAUGAUCAAUAUAACGAUGGCAGUACAACAGCUUCUCAACAAACUCAACAACAACAACAGCAAAACGAAAUAGAAAGUGACAACGACAACGAUACAGCAGUUAUGUUUCAAGCUAAUUACCAAUAUACACCUCUGAAAGACUUUGCUGCAAUGCGAAGCAGCCAAGCAACAAAUGAUAAAAACAACGCUAAUGCUUAUCAAAGUUCUCCAUCAGGCAAUGCCGCUCAUCAAACAACAUCUCGUUACGGCGGUGGUUUACGCUAUACAAAUCAUGGUUUUGAUCCAACAGUUGCACGCCUAGUUGAGGCUCCCUUACAUGAUUCAACAUAUUUUGGAAGUCCAACAGUUAAUAAUCUAGCAUUGCAUAAUCAUCAAAAUCAUUUUAUUAGUACUACGAAUUUAAAUAUCAAUGAAAAUAAUUCUCAUCGUCAACAAAACCAACAACCACAAAGUUCUUUGAUUUGUUCAACACCCUAUGUACCACAAGUUCGUGAUGAUAUUGACGAUGAUUCAUCAGUGUUUAAACCUACAUUUCGACAGCAAGAACAAAACAUACAGCACUGUGAUCGUCACUCAAUAGUUGGCAGUGAUUCAGGUAUUGUUAUGGUAAAUUCUAAUACUCCACAACACGAACAAUCGGAUGAAAAUGUAAUGGUUGAAAGAAAACUAAGCGAUUUAGUACAACAAUUAGGAAAACAGUUAGAAAAUGAUGCACAAAAAGUGAACGAAAAAUUAGAAUCGAAAUUAAAAAAAUUAGAAGAUAUGAUUAAUCAACAAACAUACGUUAUUCGACAACAAGAUGAAGUUAUUGAACGUUUAAAAAGUAAAAUACUCAAAAUCGAAAUUGAACGUGAUAAUUUUCGUGAUCGUUUGUUUGUACAUGAAAAACGUGAACAAGACGAAAAGAAAACUGUUCCAGCUAAUGAAACAGAUAAAUUUCAUAAUCAAAAUAAUAAUACUGAACAACGCAAUCAAACAGAUAGAAAAUAUUCAGAUACAUCAACUACUACGGAUAAUAACAAAUUAUCGACAAAAAAGAAUGCAGCACCACGUGUAGAACAACAGCGACUAACAACCAAUAGUGAACAUGAAUCGGUAGCAGCUAAACUUGUGAAAAAUACGUCCGCCAUUCGACAACGCCAAGCAUCCGAUGUUUCAUCGGUUCCAUCAAGUUCUAUAAUAGAACGACCUGCAGCAUCAAGCCGUCUUGAUAAUAUAAUUCGCCAAACAAGUGGAAAAGAUGUUGCACAACAAUCAUCAUCAAAUUAUAGUUUAGCUCAAGUUCGGCGUCAAGAUCCUACACGAAAUACUCAACCUAUUUCAAUGGAACAACAAGUUGUAACAAGUAUUCAUCAUGUUGAUACUAAAGUUAAUACUGAAAAAACACAACCAAGCCGAAAAAAAUUACCAUCCUCAUCUUCAUCAUCAUCAUCAUCAUCAUCAUCAUCAUCACCAAAGUCGUCAAUAUCAUCAUCAAGUUCAAAAAUACAACCCGUUACAAAGCCAAAAAUAACAACAACCAAUAGUAGAACAAAACAAAAUGACAUCGCAAGUGUACAUCGAAGUUUAGAAUCAUUACAACCUACAUCAUACAGAAGUAAUCAACCAUUGAGAUCAACAAAUAAAACAGGUUCACUCGAAUUUGGUGCAAGACCGGUGCAAUUUGAUGAUCCAGGAUCUAUAUACAUUACACCCGUUGAAGGCAAUCAACCAGCUGCUCAGUCGGCUGCUCGUGCUAGAGGAUGGCUUCGAAAAAAAAAUAUAAACUCAAUUUUAAAGCGUACUGAACGCUACUAUUGUCUUUUAACAGAUUAUUCACUUUUAAUGUAUCGAAAUAAUUACGAUACAACACCACAAAAAGCAAUAAAUCUUAAAGGUUCCAGAGUACUUCUCUACGAGGAUCCUAAACAUGGUUCAUCACUCGAAUUAACAUGGUCGAAUCGAUCAAAUGACACUAAACACUAUCAUUUAUAUGUACCUAGUAUGCAAGAAGCUGAAAAAUGGGUCACUGAAAUGCAAACAGUAAUACAAGAGACCGAGAGAAGAAAUUCUGUGUCAAAUAAUUACUAA